UAGCAACGUACUUACUGGUGCUCACAACCCCUUGCAAUGCUGGAUAUAAAGUCACUGUGAUGUCGCCGGUAGAUUUCUUCAGAGAAUUUGAAUAAUGGUCACAUCCGAUCUUCCUCAGAAACCUCAUCGCAACAUUCAUACCAAAGCUCACUGAUAUGGCUCCAUACUCGGCAUCCUAUCCAACUUCUGCCCAGCAGGCCGAUUGCAGCUCGCAGCGGGUCGUCGACCCAAUGCCUCACGGCUAUUCCUUGGCCGAUGCCAGCCCAAGCUGGUACUGUUGCCAGUGCAGUUGGACCCAUACAGUAGCCCUCCAUCCGGCUUGCAUCAACUGUCAUCAUCGGAUGUGCCAGGGCUGUCGACUAUGCUGAAUCGACCAACUGCCACGAUUUCGAUCGAGUUACCUUGGCUGGAAGGUUCGG